AUGCUGAACGAAACCACUUCACCAUCUUCAUCUUCUUCUCUAGAAUCACCCCCCUACUACAACAUUUCCACAGAUACAGAACACUCUGACCAUUCAUCUCCCACUCUGGCCCAACUCCAUACUCGAACUCUAGCCUCUCAACAGCCACCACAACCCACACCUGAACCAGAAGUCACUUCAUCACCCACAGAACAACCAAACCCAACAACAUCUGACCCUCAACCUUCUGAAACUACUCACGCUGAAACUCAACCAAACAACUCUGGCACACACCCACCAAACACAUCCGCUGAACCACAAACUCCCACACUCAACCUAAGCCCUCCUACUUCUCCAGCCCUAGCCUCUGAACCUGAAAACACCAAGCCAACCCUUGAGGAAGCAAUAAUGUUGUUUGCAGGAGGCCUCUCUGAGCAAGUCCGAAACGAAUUCAUCAGAGAUGCUGAGCUAAGACUCCAGGAGCGCCUAGCCAGAGAAGCUAAGGAGCGAGCUCGAAAGGAAGCAGAAGAGAAAGCCAGGCAAGAAGAAAUGCAAAGAAUUAAGGAAGCUAAAGCUAAAGCUCUCGCCGAUGCUGCUGAAGAUGAAGCCAAAGCUGCCGUUGAAGGUGAAGCUCGUAUUGCUGAAGAGUCUGCCAACAGGAUAUUUGCAGAAGAGAAUCUAGAAACAUCAUUUCAUGGAGGCUUCGGUAAGAACUUCUGA